AUGAGUCGCACACAUGUAGGAACACUCUCUCGCAAUCUGAGUUUUUGCGUCACUUGUGCACCUGACACAUGCUUCCACGUGCCAGAGAGUCAAUGUUACUAUCGCGGAACUCAUAUUAAUAAUUGCCUGCUAGGCAAUGCUAAAUCGGUGACGAAUCGUCAUCGCAAUAUCGCAGUUGCUAAUGUAAAUGUGUACAGUAACGGUGUAUCAAUUCGUGGUCGUCGAUGGGUCUCAACGGCUGCUACAUCUAAAUUAACGUGGAAGGAUCACGUUGACGACGCACGUAAUGCGUUGCGUGAUGCUGAUUUUGUGGCUAUUGAUGUGGAAUACACAGGCCUACAUUUCAAAGAUGACCGUUAUAUUGGUUUGGACCAGUGUUAUGAAGCCCAUGCAUCCGGAGCGAAGCAAUUCAUACCUUGCCAGGUAGGCCUGACGGCAGCGAAGUACACAGGUGAGGGUUUAUGGAGAAUAACUCCAAUGUCUGUUUAUACUAUCCCAUCUGGUAAUAAGUUUUUUAAGGUGAGCACUUCUACGUUGCAGUUUUUGAAGGAUAACAAUUUUGACUUCCACAGCUGGAUACACCAUGGUGUUGAACACCUAACACCUGCCGAGGAGCGAGAGCGAAAGUCAUCUCUCGAACAGCGUAAAAAAGAACUAGAACAGAUGAUGAACCAUGUUCCGUCUUCUCCACCUUCUGUUGGAAGUGAUUUUGACCUCUCCUCGCUAAGUCCAGAGGAUCGAUCAAUGGCUGAGGGUAUCAUCGCGAGGGUCCGAUCGUGGAUCUCCAGUGGUAAUGAUGAGCCAUUGGAGAUUGAGCUGGAUAGUGCAUUUCAGCGUCUAUUAAUGCAUACAAUAAUCGGACAACAGUUUCCCGAGGUGUAUAGCCAUUCUGAGCGUCGUGGUGAGGGUAGGGUGAUUUGUAUCUACAAAUCUCAAGUUGAAUUAUAUCAACAGCAGAAGAUAGCACUUGAAGGUGAAUUACGUCGUAUCGAUGACGAGAUCGGUGUGCGGCUAUUGUUUGACGAGUUGGUACAUAACAAUAAGAUACUUGUGGGUCACAAUUGUUUCUAUGACCUCCUUCAUGUGUACCAGACCUUUUAUGGUGAUCUUCCGGAUACUGUAGAUGACUUUCGUAAGAGUUGGACGUCUAAGUUUCGCAAUACGCUUGAUACUAAGUACAUAGGUGAGUUCCACGACUCCGUAGCUGUGCCUCAGCACGCUGCUACCCUUCGUGGUCUGUUUGAUCAUAUGUGUUCUACGGAACCUUGUGGGUCUGUAGGUGUGAAAUUUUCAGUUCACACUUUGCGCGGCACUUCGUGGCGUCUUCCAUCUGGCGUUCUUCCUCUACUGUGUAAAAAUCGCAUGGGUGUUGAGAAUGUAAGUCCUGAUUGCGGUAUUGGCGACUUUGAAUCGACAUCUGGUCAAUCUCACGAUGCGGGAUAUGACAGUUUCAUGACCUGUAUAAUAUUUGUUUUACAAUGUGGUCGUAUUUUACGUUGUAAACAUUUGAAUUGGGAUAAGUUGAAGGUUAAAGGUGUCACUGAGAGUCUGGACUAUGCGUCAUUUUUGGAAGCUAUAGGUUCUGUCAACAACUGUAUACGUCUGGUUAAGUCUCAACCUAAUUCUAUAAAUUUGUCUAGUCUGCGUCAAAGUGAUAUGGCGCGUUACUUUUUAAUGUCUGGUUAUCCUAAUUCUUGGAAGAAGUGGGAUAUUAUGAAGGUUUGGUCACCUUUAUGGGUUUCUGUUAGUGUGAUUGAUGAAACUUCAUGUUGGGUGAUAGUGAAGAACGACGAGGACAUUCGUAAUAUAAAUCUCAUUUACCGCAUGAUGAAGAACCCACAAUUCACGCUUCAGACAUACGAGCAAUCUAAACAAUCUAAGGGCGCCGUGGUCAACCGUGAUCCAUCUGGCUGA